AAAUUUUGAUGCAUCAGUUUGAUCUUUGAAAUUUCCAAUUUCAGCAUUAGUCCUUGCACAUUGGAUUUGUGUGGAAUUAUCAAACCUUCUGUUGAGUUUUUCUAUAAAAUCAAAACAGAUCCCAGUCACUAAUGAGAUGAACUUAUCAUUCUUUGGCUAUCUACAAACAUGAUAACGACCCAUUUUAUUUGGUGGUAUUUUGCUCAAAGGGUUGAAGGAAGAUAAUACAUUUAAGUAGUGCAAGGGCAAUCAUCACUCGACGCUUCCUGCUAUCAUCAACUUCCUUUCAAUUAGCGGAGCCCAGAAUUGUAGCCAAUUGAGUGAAGGUUUCAAAACUAAUUUCUUGUCACCUUGACAUGGAGAAAAAUCACGUAUUGACUACGAGAUGUAUUUAACACAUUCAACAUAAAUUGAAAGGUAGGUGGCCCAAAGGCGCUGAAGAAUAUUCUUAGGGUGGUCCAAGGCGUCUGGCGGGAGGAAGGUAGGUGGUUGAAAGAGGUUCUAGCGGAGGAGGGGAAGUGGAAGGUGCUGUUACGAGCAAGGAUGGAUGAUCUGGAAGAAAGAUGGAAGAGUCUCAGGUUGCUGGAGGGGGAAACUUCUGAAUAGUCAUUGAUGAGGAUGAUUCUAAAGAACUGAAGAAUAAAGCAUCGAGAAGUCUGAUGGGUAAAGUGUGCUCGAUGAGACCCAUAAGCAAAGAGGUUCUGGGCUCUACGAUGGCCAGGAUAUGGAGGAUAAACAAGGCAGCCCAGUUUAUAGAGGUAAGCCGAAAUGUUUUUGUUAUAGUCUUUGAGAAUCAAGUGGACAUGCAGAAGGUAUGGAAUGGGCGACCCUGGCUCUUUGAUAACCAAUUGUUUGUGUUAAAAGAAUUUGAGGGAUAUACACCUUUGCAUUGUGUCAAUUUUGACUAUGAGUGUUUAUGGGUAAGGAUGCACAAUCUGCCUUUAUCUUGUAUGACAAAAGAACGAGGAAGAACAAUAAAUGUGAAGGGAGAGAGUAUAUGGAUUCCUUUUAGUUACGAGAAGAUGCCUCGUAUAUGUUUCUCAUGUGGGUGUGUUGUCCAUGGAGUGAAGGGCUGCUCUAGUAUAUUGGGAGAGUCAGACGGGAAGGAAGAUCAAUAUGGAAUAUGGAUGAGGGCUACUCAGGGUAUAAGAUCCAAGACUUACAGUAGCUUUCCUAAAAGGGAAGAGGAGACAAACAGUUGGAGGAAGAUGGGGGUUAGCCUCACACAAGAUGGGGGAAGUAGAAAGGCAAAUGAAGUGGAGGAUGCAAGGGGGAGUAAGGUGAGUGAGGGUCCAAAACUUAGGGGUGGGGAAGGAAGUAAAGGGGAGGGUUCAGUAGAUGAAAUGUUCAUAAAUGGAAGAGGAGGAGAUAAUAUUCUACGAGAGAAUUGUGUGGAAGUGAGUGGGUGUGAGGGGUAUGGGAAUUCUAUAGAAAGGAAAUGA